GAAGAACUCAAAAGGCUCCAGCACACCUUGGAACAGGUCAAUGAUGGCAAAGACUUGCUUCAAAGCCAUCAGCUUGCCAUGGAUGAAGAAAAUAAUAUCAAAAAAUAUGAUAUCAACUUACAGCCCCUGGAAUCAAAAGUAAAAAUUAUCCAGCGAGCAUGGCGUGAGUACCUGCAGCGCCAGGACCUGCCACACCAUGAGCAGCUGGACAAGCGCAGCCCCUCCCCACCAUCCCUCUCCUCAGACAAGAUGAGCAGGUCCAUCAGCAUGAACACCUUUUCCGACAGCAGCACACCGGUGAGUACAGCAUUGGGGCCCAUUUUCCUAUUUGUUGCUUUUUCUUGGGUUCCUGUCUAG